AUGCAUCUUAUUUUACUGGAAACGGGAGCUGAAGCUAUUCGUCAACCCCAACGCCGCUUGAAUCCGGUGGUGUUGGAUGUCGUGAAAGUUAAGGUCCUGAAGCUUCUGGAGAUGAGUGCAAGCGGCGAGCAUAAGAAACUACAAACUCAAGAACUGGAAGAGAUGAGAAACGAGGCCUAUGAGAGCACCAAGAUCUACAAAGAGAAGACAAAGGCUUUCCAUGAUAAGAGGAUUUCGAGAAAGCAAUUCGUAGUUGGGCAUAAAGUUCUCUUGUACCAGUCCCGUCUUCGAUUGUUCCCAGGAAAGCUACGAACAAUAUGGGAAGGACCUAAUGAAGUCACCAGGGUCUGUACUCAUGGGGCUGUUGAGAUUCGGAGUCUGUCGAGCUUGAAGUCUUUCAUAGUCAACGGACAUCGACUUAAGCCAUAUCACGAGAACUUCCAACCUGAGCAUGAAGAAAGAGAGGGCCUCGAGGACCCCAUUUAUUCUGAAUAA